AUGGCCAACGGUCGCUCACACUUGACAUCGGUCUUCGGCGACAGUUUCCAGUGGGUCUUUGUGCAGGCCGACUUUAAAUCUCCCACUAUUGGGGCAGAUUUCCUGACACCUUUUGGCCUUGCAGUCGACCUCAAGCAUCACAAACUUGUCGAUACCACAACCACAAUCUUUACCGUAGGCAUGGCUGCUUCUGAACCCUCGGUUAGCGUCCAGUUGACCGUACAAAGCUCACCAUUCGCUGACAUUUUGAAGGACAACGCGUCCCUCACUAAGCCCUAUCAGUUCACCGGGAAGGUUCAGUGUACGGUUAAACAUCACAUCAUCACCACAGGGAAACCUGUUUACGUUCUUCCUCGCCGUCUUCACCCCGAAAACCUUCGGAUAGCAAGGAACGAAUUUGAGCAUAUGAUGAAUUUAGGAAUUAUUGGUCCCUCCUCCAGCCCAUGGGAUUCUCCUCCCCACAUGUUGUCCAAGAAAUCGACUGAUGAUUGGAGACCAUGCGGCGACUAUCGCGCUCCCAACAGAGCCACAGUUCCCGAACGGUACCCUUAA